GGUAGAGGAGGAAGUGAUAAUUGUUGCAUCCUAUUUGGAAGGAUUAGCAGCUCGCUGGUUAAAUGGAUUGGUAGCCUCAAAGGGUUUCGGCAGGAACAUGGGUGAUUGGGCUAAGACCCAUACCCUGGAGAGCUUUAUGGAUCUGGUGGAAGCGCAGCAGCACAACCCACAACAGGCACAUAUUGCCACUGAUGGGUUGCUGAAACUUGAUACUAGGAAGUACAGGUCCGUGCGCGAGCUCACCUCUGUUGUAGAGUGUUUGAUUGUCGUCCCUGGGGUAGAGUACAAUCCGCAGGUCUUGUUGACCAUGUUCUUAAGGUUUCUUCCCACAAACAUCAAAACCUUAUUAGCCAGCGAGGCUCGGCUAGAGUAUCACACGUUCGAGACCUUUAGCAAAAAGGCCUUACAUUUGGAGGCGAUGCUAGGUGGUGCUCAAACACCCUCUACGGACGGGAGAAAGAAGAAGAGUCCAGAGGAAUGGAAGAAGAAGGGGAGCCGAUUGAUGAUGGUCGAGGUUGAGUGUACUCAGACCGAGAUCGAGGAUUUCUCUUAUCUUGUGGACAGCACAAAGAUAAAUGGCGAGGAUGAUGUUGAGGGUAGCAACCUCGCUGCAGUAGUAAAAGGCAAGGCAGGUGACCGUGACAAGGGCGAUAAGCAGAGGAGUCAGGGGCAAACCCCGAACCCGCACAAGAUAGCGGCAUGGGUUCGAGCAGGUUUGGAUCGAGAUGUGUGGCGGGAUCGUUACCAGCGAGGUGCUUGCAUUAACUGCGGCAAGUAUGGCCACCAGCAGUUCAAAUGCAAAAACACAAAGGUCCCACAUAAGAUACCAUCUAAAGGGGAGCACUUCGUUGUGGAAGUCGGUGUAGGAGACCGCAAGUGCGGUGCCUUCGUAGACAUCGACUCCACGCGAAACUUCAUAAGUCGUGACUGCGUUGAGAGAUUGCGCCUCCAGGACCGGGUGCAGCGCCUCAGUAGACCGAUAGCAUCUACUCUGGUCAACAAAGAACGCAUGUUGGUAGAGGACUAUGUCAAGGAUGUAGUCUGCACCUUCUCCUAUGCAGGAGGGGAACUGAAUCAUAAGAUUUUGUUACUCGUUAGUGACGACCUGCCAUUUGACAUGUUGUUAGGUAUGUACUACCUCGUGGUUGCCAAGCCCCAAUUCGAUUGGGACAAGAAAGUGUUGAAGCACGAGUUGCCUAAUGGGAGGACCGUUACACUAGCUAAGUAUAAGGCUAGCAGGUUAAUUGACUCCUAUGGGUGUUUGUGCGCAUCGGCCUUCUACAAUUACUAUAAACAGAACCAAGAGAAGGGUAUGUAUCUGGUCUUUGUCUCUGUCAAAGGGGAGGUCAUUAAAACACCCCCAAAGAUAAAGAGUGUCGUCGCUAAGUACCCUGAUCUGUUCGAGGAACCCACAGGUCUCGUAGACAGGGAGGUUGUCCAUGCCAUAGAGAUCAUCCCUGGGAGCAAGAUACCCAAAGGGAGAAUCUAUAGGAUGGCUUCGACCGAGUUGGACGAGCUCCGUUGACAACUGAAAGAGCUCACACAAAAGGGUUGGAUACGGCCUAGCAUCUCCCCCUUCGGCUCACCAGUUCUAUUUGUCCCGAACAAGGGGGGAUAAUUAAGGAUGUGCAUUAACUAUAGGGGCCUCAAUGCCAUCACCGUUAAGAAUGCAGAGCCCCUACCUCGCAUUGAUGACCAAUUGGAUAGGGUGUAGGGAUGUAAGUACUUCACAAAGAUAAACUUGAAAUCCGACU